GUUGUGAUGAGGGAUAUGAAAAUGUUUAGAUGUGUAGCACUAGUGUUGAUGGGAAUCACCUGUAUUUACGGCACAGAUGUGACUCCAAAACCAACUUUUGUUGCCAUCGAUGCCAAUGACAUCGGUGUGAAAGAAGUGCUUCUCUACGCCUUCGGACGCAAUAAACCAAAGGAAAGGGAAAUUGUAAUUAGGAAAAGCAAAGUGUCAUCGGACGGACACUCGUAUAGACUACAGGUCUAUGUUCACAAAUACAUUCGGUGUCCGCAGGACUACAGCAAUACACACAUAAAGACAGUGUACGGAUGCAGAUCAACAAAGAUUUGUUACGCGAUUAUGGAUCGACACAAUUCAACGCAUCCAUUUCGACGCGGCAACCAAGGUUGCAAUGAAUUAAAAGUGUCAGAAUUGGCUGAAUAUGAAAAUUUCGUUCCAAUCGAUGUGAAUGACAGCGGUGUGAGAGAAGCGGCUCUCUUCGCCUUCGGACCCGUUAUACCCACGAAAAGGGAACUCGAGAUAAAUGAGAGCGAGAAGUCAAGGGAUGGACAGACGUAUAAACUCGAGGUUGCGAUUCACAAAUACGAAGAAUGCCAGGAGAACGACACAAACCCGUGGAUCCAAAAGAAUGAGAAAGGAUGUUUUGUAUGUAUUGUUUAG